GCCAUGCAUUUCCUGCUCAUUUGCAAGUGUCCCGAAACUUAAAACCAAUUGUUCAAAACGAAAUGGAUUUUCACUGGUUUUUUACUACUUUUAUUUUGCUCGUUUAAUAAGAGUCGCAAUUGUUUCAUUUACUGAAUGUAGCCUUAAACGAAGACCGGGAUUUUAAGAUUGCGUGGCGCGCUCACAUUGGUUGUUGGCUCUAUUUGGCAUUCCAAGUAAGUGAAGCUGUGCAGUUUUACGUAGUAUCUCCAAUAUUUUUAAUACACAAACGCAGACGUAUCUCUUUUUCAUCACUAUGCUUAAGGGUUACGGAUUUAGGCCUUUUUUUCAAGACAUGAAGUGCAGAUAGUUUUAGUCAGCUGGACAUCCAGUUCACACAACUGGUCAUAAUCAACUUUGAUGUGCAAUAGUCCUAAGUCAAUGCUACCAGGUAUAACUGCUUUAUUAAACUUUGUUCCGAUGUCCACGGCUGAACUAAAAUUAUCCAAGUUAGAUCAACGACUGAAGGUGGCUGUCAGCGAACGACGUUUCUAUGAGGCUCAUCAACUAUAUAAGACCAUAAAUUUCCGUUGUAUGAUGCGGAAGAAUUAUCAAGAAGCAUUAAAAUAUUUGAAACUAGGUUCUGAGUUUUUACUUGAUAACGAGCAAUGGGAAAGUGGUACUGAGUUAGCUUGUCUUGUACUUGAUGUGUAUAGCCAGAGCGAGACAGUUUUGACUGAAUCUCAUCUAGAUGAAAUUUGUGAACUUUUGAUACGAAUGUGCCCUGGGGAAGAAAGGACACGUUUUGUCCACAAGGCACUUCAUCUUCUCCAAAAGCAAAAAGACCUUCUGGCUGUGUUCAAUGGCUAUCUCGCUCGUGUAUUGUGGCAAGAAGGAUCUUUCAGUGAAGCAAGGUUGCGUAUUAUGUUGUCUUCUAACGGCUAUGCGGCUGGUGUCUUCCUUGUUGCUUUGCAUCAGCGAUAUGGGCUUCGAUCAGAAAUCGAUUUAUUUCUUGCACAAGCUGUCCUUCAGUUUUUAUGUAUGAAACAAAUCUCAGUUGCCAUAUUAACGUUUUACACAUAUACACGACGUCAUCCUCGAUUAGAACCUGGGCCACCGUUUGCGGAUUUUCCUUUAUUAAAUUUCUUAUGGUUUUUGAUGUUAGCUAUUGAAAAGAAGUGCAGUCUAGCUGUAUUUUCAGUACUAUGUGAAAAAUACAGUCCCCAACUGAACCGAGAUUCUUCUUAUUUAAAAUACUUGGAUAAAAUUGGCCAAUUAUACUUUGGUGUUAAGCCUCCUGCAAAUGAAAUGAAUAAUUUUUUUUCACGGAUAAUGCAAAUGUUUAGUGAUGGAGACAAAAUGGAAGAUUCUGUGUCAAGUGAUGACGUGGGUCGUUAUGCACUGAAUGGGAGUACCGAUGUAAAUUCACCAGAGGAAAUGUGUUUUGAAGAUGUGGAUUGAUAAUUUCGCAUAUAUCUCCACCGACUACACAGUGCCUUUCGAUUUAGAGCUGGUAAUAUGCACAUACUCAUCUUUAUAGGUGGACAACAAGUACCUACCCACAUAGCCGACAUUUGAAUUGUGAGCGUCUUUGGACAAUAAUUUUGUCUUGCAGUUAUGUUUUGUGGAUCUGUUUUCCUCAUGCUUCUUCUAACAAAUAUUUAUUCACUGGAUGAUUUCACUGUCGGUUUCUUCCUUUUUUCCUGUUAUAAACUUCUUGAAAAUGCACAAAAUUGUUAAUAUUCAAAUAAAUUAAAUUAUGUACAGA